CGAGACCAGAGGCCGAACUCGGGUUCUGACAAGAUGGCCGGGCUGCCCCUCAGGAUCAUCAAGGAAACCCAGCGUUUGCUGGCAGAACCAGUUCCUGGCAUCAAAGCAGAACCAGAUGAGAGCAACGCCCGUUAUUUUCAUGUGGUCAUUGCUGGCCCUCAAGAUUCCCCCUUUGAGGGACGGACUUUUAAACUUGAACUAUUCCUUCCUGAAGAAUACCCAAUGGCAGCCCCUAAAGUACGUUUCAUGACCAAAAUUUAUCAUCCUAAUGUAGACAAGUUGGGAAGAAUAUGUUUAGAUAUUUUGAAAGAUAAGUGGUCCCCAGCACUGCAGAUCCGCACAGUUCUGCUAUCGAUCCAGGCCUUGUUAAGUGCUCCCAAUCCAGAUGAUCCAUUAGCAAAUGAUGUAGCGGAGCAGUGGAAGACCAGCGAAGCCCAAGCCAUAGAAACAGCUAGAGCAUGGACUAGGCUAUAUGCCAUGAAUAAUAUUUAAAUUGAUCCGAUCAUCAAGUGCGCAUCACUUCUCCUGUUCUGCCAAGACUUCCUCCUUUUUGUUUGCAUUUAAUGGACACAGUCUUAGAAACAUUACAGAAUAAAAAAGCCCAGACAUCUUCAGUCCUUUGGUGAUUAAAUGCACAUUAGCAAAUCUA